AUGUCUAAUGAGAAUAUUCAAAGCACUAGUUCAAGUUUAGCUUCAAUGUCAGAUAGCAAAAUACGGAUUGGAUCUUAUUGGACUGCUCUCUCAAGCAAUGGGAUGAAUGCUAUCAAAUAUUUGCUUUUGGACCCUGAGGCAGGAUUUAUAAUGAUGAUUGUACUAUUCUUAUUUGAAUUAGUGCUAGUGCAUUUGAUAAUUCGUUUUAUUCCCUAUACCGAAAUUGACUAUUUAGCUUAUAUGGAGCAAAUUUGGACUAUCAAGAAUGGAGAAAGAAAUUAUUCUAAAAUUGAAGGUGGUACAGGCCCGUUAGUGUAUCCAGCAGGCCAUGUUCUUAUUUACAAUUGGAUGGAGAAGAUCACUGACGGCUUGGAGAAUUUAAAAAGCGGACAAAAUUUAUUUGGAUAUCUCUACAUGGCCACAUUAAUGAUGCAGUUUUGUUGUUUUGCGAUAUUGAAUCUUCCACCCUGGUGUAUGGUUAUGGGAUGUCUAUCUAAACGGUUGCAUUCUAUAUAUGUUUUGAGAUUGUUCAAUGAUUGCUGGACGACUUUCUUCAUUGUUUUUACAGUGCUACUAUUCUUAUUAUCGGCAAGAUACAAAAAUUAUUAUUUGUGUGUGACAGGCAGUCUAACUUAUGCUGUUGCUGUGAGCAUUAAGAUGAAUGCGCUACUGUACCUUCCAGGUGUCUUGAUAUCUGUGUUCUUACUGAGCCAGGGCUCCUUGCUUGUACUACUUUGGUCAGUUUUCAUAAUGAUUGGAUGGCAGGUCUACGUGGCUAGAGAGUACCUUGCGGCAUAUCCGUUAGAAUAUUUGACUAUAGCCUUCAACUUUGGACGUAAAUUCAUGUACAAGUGGAGUAUCAACUGGCAAAUAGUAAGCGAGGAUGUAUUUGGGAAUGAGCUGUUUCACAAAAUGUUAUUACUCGGCCACAUAACAAUUUUAGCAUUCUUCAUCUUCACAAGGUAUUGCCCUCCGUCAAACGGCAGUUGGUUCCAAAUAGCCUACUCCGCAUUUAGACAGCCCUUAUCAAAGGUUUUAAACAUCUACCCGAGCCCCCUCUAUAUUGCAUACACAUUGUUGGUUACCAACUUUAUUGGAGUUCUAUUCUCACGUUCUCUACAUUACCAAUUUCUGUCCUGGUACCAUUGGACCAUACCAAUCCUUAUCCACUGGAGUUGCAUGCCGAUCACAUGCGCCAUCCCUUGGUACAUCUUACAUGAAUACUGCUGGAACAGUUACCCUCCUAAAAGUACAGCCAGUCUUCUUCUCCAUCUUCUUAACGCUACAUUACUGAUCCUGAUUUACCUAAACCGCUCCUUGAUUGACAUCACGCUCCCUCAACGUCCCUCUCAAGAAGAACAAACCAAGGAGGACUAG